GUGACCUUCCUGUGUGGAAUCCGGGAAUACAGAGGACGGGGACAUCUCUCUGGUGGGUUCCCAUGACUGGAUCCAUCUAGAUCCUUGUGUCCUUCUAAAUACUCCCACUCCUCCAUGGAGAAAUAGACAGUGACACCCUGACACCUUAUAGGAACCUGACACACACAAUGAUACAGUCACCAUCCAGACACAUCCCUUGUCUGUUACUGGAGAAUGUCCCAGAAUUCCCGGCACCGCUCACCUCUCCUGUCAGCAGCUCAGUGAUCUCUCUGGUGACUUCUAGAAUCUUCUUCUUUCUUUCUCUCUUCUAU